UAUCGAUAUCAGUGUCAUAUAAAAUGUUUUUUAAAAAUGUUAAGCCUCUGAAGGGGACCCGCGAUAAUCUUGCCCGGGGCGCCAAUAUUGCUAAAACCGGCCCUGUCCCCACCACCUGUUGCACAACGAAAUUUGAAUCGUGUCGGUUGGGUGUCGGUUGAGAUCCGAAUACAUGCAUAAUUUGUCGCAGCCUCUGACGUGAUACACCCGAUUGCGAGAGUGCAUUUCGCAGCAACCUGUUGAUAUGUUUUAGAAUACGAUACGGUUGUACUUGUUGCUUUGUGUACACCCCAGUUCCUAUAUUAGCUUCUUUUUAAUCUUCUUUUUAAUUUAACGAGACGUAAAAAGUAAUCGUUGAGAGAUGAGCGAUUCCGGGGACGGUGUCAAAUAUAAAUGGAGCCCCGAGAGCACAGCGUUAUUGGUAUCGGUAUGGUCCGAUAGGCAAGUCCAGAAACAACUCGAAUACGCCUCGAAACCACAGCUUAUUUGGGAAAGCGUCGCCCGUUAUAUGACGAAAAAGGGAUACAACGUUUCUGCUAAACAAUGUCGAUCCCGAAUGAAGCAAGUUUUGGUCUGUUACCGAGAAGCCAAAAGAGCUGGUACACGAGCGGGUGUAGAGCAAUAUUAUGAAUCGAUCGAUCGUGUUCUUAAGAACAAACGUUUGGAGGGAAUUAACAUUGAUGGCAUAGAUACCGUAGAUGCAGUGUUACACGUCAAGUCUCCACCAAAAGAUGUUAAAACAAAUAAAAAUAUGGAAAUGAGACACAGAUAUUCAGAGCCUAUACAGACACUUCAUCGUACAGAAGCGUUGUCUCCUACUCACACAUUUGGGCGUGAAAACGAAUAUCCAGACUCUCCAGAGUCAAAUGAAACCGUAAUAGCUCGGCCUUAUAGAGUCUUCUCUCCAACAAGGGAUGUAGCCAUUAAUACUGGCGAACAGUUAGUUAAAAUAGCUGGCAAAUCAACACAGUGCGGUUCUUUUCCAAUGGAAGAACCGGUGCGUGCAAGUUAUAAACAGAAUGUAUUGCACAGCAAUCCAUAUAGCGAAGUACCCUAUCAAAAUACGGUCCAAAAUGUACAAAAUCAUAUAAUACAAGAGAACAUGCAGCAACAUCAAAAUUUUCAACAAAACGAUAUAUGCAAUCAGCAAAAUAUGUUAGGAAACAAUUUAGGGUUUCAACAGAAUCUGCACAAAUUGAAUCAAAAUUUAGCGACUCUGUCUGUAAAUGUUCCGCAAAGAAUUAGUCCGUCGACUAUACAGAAUUGUAAUUUGGAACAUAUGAUUCAGCAACAGAAUCAUUUGCAACAGAUAGUGCAAGCAAAUAAUCGUGCGAUGCCUCAAGAGCCACAAAAACUUGCGUUUAGGCGAGAUUUAGUAGCUGCAUAUAGACAGCAAUAUGGCAACGUACUAUCUCAUAUGCCUCCUAUAAUAGAUGAUAAAGAAAAAGGAUCUCCAACUUAUUCUCCGGAUGUGUCUCAAAAUUUAAAUGAUGCUUUUUGCCAAUCAAAAAGUGACGAGAAAAUGCAUAACCUAAACGAAGGCUACAGUUGUUCUACGCAAGUGCCAAAUCCAUUAACAGUGCCUAACAAUCCUGAUAAUACCGUAAUAACAAAUAACGCGACGUGUAACGAUGAUAGUCUUUUAAUGGAAUUUUUAAUGGACUCCUUAACUCAAACGGACAGCGACAGCAAAUCAAAAGACACUGCAGUUAAUACGGAUAACAUUCCACAUGUACCAGUAAGAAAAAAGAAAGCGCAGAAACUAGAGCAGCUCUUUCUGAGUGCGAUUAAUUCUCAGAAUGAAGUUGUUAAUAAGAUUCUCGCAGCACAAAAUGAUAUCCUAACGAAAUUCUUAGACGUCGACAGAGAUCGUCAAAACAGGCUCGAAAAUCGAUUGGAUAAUUUGUUGAAGGUUGUUCAUACUUCUGUGCUUACGAAACAAAAUCCAGAGCAAAAUGUUGAAAUACCUCCACCGCUGGAAGAACCUAUAAUAACAUCUUUAGUGCCUCCACCAAGGCCCGGAGCACCUCCUCCAAAGUUGGAUUUAGUUCCUCCGAAACCUUGCAGAGUUCCUUGUACAGUGCCAAAUUCUAAUAUCGAAUUGAUUAAUCAAAAUCCAGUAGCAACAAGACCGGGUGUUGUUACUCCUAUAACUAGCCCUAUAAAAAAACCUGGCACUAUAUGGUCGAAAUUAGGACCGGUAUCACAGUCUCCUUUCGUGAAGGCUCAGCAAAGAUUGGGUUUCCAACCUGCUCCGAUCACAGAAACUCGAACUCAAUCCUCCGCUGAAAGGCGUAUAGUCAGAGAAAUGGAGAACUUUACUAUGAACACGCAAGUCAUGAAAUUUGAAACAAUGAAAUUCUUGGAAAUGGAGAAACAACUGGAAGAGAAAAUAGAAAAUGCUCGUCUCGAAACGACGAUCAGUCAAACUUUACAUGCGCGCAGAAAAUUAUUCACGCAGAGAGAACCAACUGCGGCUAUGGUACUGACUGCAGCAUUUUUGGAAAACGAAUGCCGCGCUGCGGAAUUUAUGAAUCAGUGUGACGGUUAUUACGCGAACGAAGGAAAUUUAAAAAAUAUCGAGGACGAUUUGUUAGCUGGUCAAGGAGAAAGUUAUGAGCAUUUACGACAACUAAAUAUUCGGCCUACUUAUAUAUCUGGAGAACCUUGUGAUAGUUCUACCCCAGCAAAAUUAGAAAUCAUUUCUAGCAAUAGAGACAAACCUCCUGUACCAAAACAAACGAUUCAACAAUUGGCUCAGCUUGUUAUGAACACAGGAAGAUGGAAAGAUCUUGCGGCACAAAAUGAACAGAAGAAUCAAGGAAAUACACAGAAACAGCCAAACGUCCGUACGAUCGGUUAUAACGAAGGCUAUGUAACAGGACAGCCCAGCGUCGUGUCGAGAGAAAAUCAAAUGAAAGAUGACAAAAGUUACGUUCGUGACUGGAUGCUAAAUAAAUAUGGAGCAACAAACGAACAGAAACCAGUAUCAUCGCGUAAUGUAGUAAAUAAACAACCUACGUUCCCCAUAGGUUUUACAACAACAACGAUGGAUGUUGAAAACUCAAAAAAGAAAGAUCCCAAUGAUGAAAUUUGUAGACCUCUUGGUUUCAACAAUAACAUUUUACCGAAUGGCAAACAACAAAAUGUUCGUUUUAUGGACGAAGCGCUUGCUGAAUUGUACCACAUGUACAAGGAAAGAGUGUCCAAAGAACAACAAGAAAAGAAUGAUAGUUUACCAUACGUACCAGGUAAUGGUAAUACCAUUUCGCCUCAAAAUCGACAAAUGAUUGAAAAGUAUAUCCACGAAAUAAUGCCAAAAAGACAGUUCAGAGACGGCAAAGACAAAGAUACUGAUUCUGAUAACGAUGAAUUUUUGGAUACUACUGCUACUAUGUCAACAAUUGUACCACGUCGAGGAUCCCUUACGUCAACUGGUACUACAUCAACAGAAACUGGACAUACCCUGAAAUUCACAAAGCCAGAUAACUGUGUUAUUAGUUAAUUAUAUGGGCGUAAGAAAUACAUAAACCAAGUACUCUGCAAAUUACAACUACUAUACGAGAUUCUAAGAAUAAAUAAUAUUAAAACUAUUCCUUUAACGUAUAAUUCUUAUACAGUUCUAAACUACACUUUUUGAAACAAGAAUUAUAACUCCAUUCAACAGACGUAUAUUACGCGUAUAUUUGUGCAAUACGUUUUGUUUCAUACAAAUUAUUACAAAACAUUACGAAAUAAGAAAGUCAUGUUAUUGGAUACUUGUUUCUAUGAGAGCAGUGAAUUAAUUUUGUUUAAAUAGCAAUCAUGCAUAUGUUACUUCGACAAGUAUGUACAACAUAUACAUACAUGAAAGAUUAACGGUCAAAAUAUUUCUGUAUUUAAUGUUUCUUUGUUUCGCACAUGUUGUUCAAUGAUGAUUAUAUUUCUCAUAAUAUAACCGUUGCUAUUAAAUAUUAUUAAAUACAUUAUUCAAUUGUAUUAACUUCCUGACAAAAGGAAAUUUUCUUGACUGGUUG